AUGGAUAUCAAAAAGGAUGAAAAAAUAACUUGCCCGGCGAGACUAAUUGUACUUUUAAUAAAAGGAAAAGGUUUGUCCGGAGCAGAAAAUAGUAAACUAAAAACACUAUCGGACGAAGAGAGACGGAAAGAAAGAGAAAAAGAAAAAGAGGAAAAGGAAAUUAAGAAGAAGAAUUUCAUCAAGAAAAUAUUAUUGGAAUGCCAGCCUUUAGAGGGAACACUGGCAGAAGAGUAUUUAAGAAAUAUCCGCGGGAUCGAGAAAAUUUCAGGAGAAAACUUGAAAUUCCAUCCAGGAUUCACAACUAGGACGAAAACGGGAAAAUAUAUAAAAGUUCCCGGUUUAGUUGCUGUUGCCUCCCACCCUCUCUCCUCAUCUCAAAAUAUACAGAUAACGUUUUUGGAUCCGCUCACUGCAAAUAAACAUUCUCAAGUUUUAGUUUCUAGACGAACCUAUGGCGGAUUUAGCUCAGGUGGAGUUUCUACUUUCUGCACAAUUUCAGAGGGAAAGUCAGAUGUUACAUAUGUCAGUGAAGGUGUUGAGACGGGACUUUCUUUACUUCAGGUUCGGCCUCAUGCUCACGUGAUUGCUUGUCUCGGGAAGCAUAAUCUGCCAAAGCUAGAUCCUCAAACUACUCAUCAUAAAGUUGUAUUAUUGUGGGAUAACGACGGCCUCGAGGUGAAAUCUGACAAGGUCCUCCUCAGGAGCCUCGAGGUCCUCAAGAAUGGAGGGAGGAGAACAUAUCUUCUGGUUCCCCCGCUACUUCAGGGUAGAGAGAAGACUGAUCUAAAUGAUAUACUCCUGGAGCUGGGGGUUGAGGGCCUGGAGGAUGUACUUCAGAGUUCUCUACGCAGAGUAGAAUUACGAUAAUUUUUUCUCAUUUCUUGGAUCCUAGAAAUAUUGUUUGUGACUACCAUCCUCCCUUUAAAGAAGGGAUGUAAGAUUCACAACGGUAUCCUAAUGCAUCGUUUAUAUAGGCUGUGAAUUGGUUAAUUCUCAUCUAGUCCGCCAUUGUUCACGCGGGAGAGAAUCCACAAUUGAAAAUAAUCAAUGUUUAGAAAGUAAACAUGGUUUUCUUUUUCAUUCUAGACAAGAAAAAGCUUUUAAGGAUAUCGUUGUUAAUCGGACAUGUCAUCUAUAAAUGAAGGGUCCCUUGGAAUUGCAUCUAUGUACAACGUAUAUUGUACACUUCAGUCUCUUUAAAAGUAUGCCAAGAUAUUCUUUCAGAUUGGAAUCCCUGUUAAACGGGUUCCUCCUUUUAUGAAAAGGUUUAGAUAUAUUUCUUUCUGUUUUUUAUAUACAAUAAAUAUUGUUUCAGA